AUGGCAUGUCGAAAGUUGUUCGUGCUGUCUGCUUUGCUAGUUGCUACAGGAUUUUCUUCUUGCGAAAAAAAUUUUAAUGCAGGUACAUUUUUUUUGUUAACGACUAUAUAAAAAUGUGGUUCAGAGGUAGCAAACAAUAAUUGCCUAUGAAUUAUAUAUAGAUGUAAAUUGUGAUGCUUGUUUGCGAAUGAGUAGAUUUUAGGGCCAAUAUAUUGAAGUUCUUUUGACUUUUUAGCUAUAAUACUGGUCAAACCCAUCUACGCCACUCUAUUAAAACAUUGUGCAUGGCAGAAUAAUUUACUCAUUUGCCCCUCUCCGUCCCCCAAAACAAUCUUGGACGUUUUUUUAACCGUUUUCUGGUAAUGCAUGCAAUCAACAUUGAAUGGUGGGGUAAGGGGGAGAUUCUUUUCUAAAUUUGCGAUAAUAUUACGAAAUUUUGUCAAAUAACCGGAGGUCUCACAGAUGGUUUGUCCAGGGUUGUAGCUAAAAGGACGUUACACGACACAUACAUUUUUUUAUAUUUGCUUGUUAAGUCCUGCAUGUCUGGGGACACUACAACAUCUUGCCCUGAUCCACGUUUCCUUACGGCGUAAGGUUUUUCUUGGCCUCCUGAUGUUGUAGGCUUGUAGCAGUUUGUUAGUAACAAUUAAUGGCUACCUGUAUGCAAGAGAUAUUUGGAUAUUGUAUAAUUAUUUCCACAUUCAUACAUUGUGCGUACUGAAUUCAUUUAAAUCGCUGUUAUUAGUAUAGAACAGUGUAGAACUGGUAGGGCUAUUCAAUCAGCAUAAAUAAUCGGUUAGUCUAGUUUAGAUUUCUUCCUGUAAUUACACUGAAUCGAAAAGGAAUGAUCCUUACGGGAUCUCUAUAGGUAGAACAGUUUAGAACUGAUAUUGCUAUAGCUUGGAGAAAUCUGUACUCUACGAAAUGAUAUCUCUAGCUGUGUUCCGGGGGAUGGUUUGACGUGCAGAAACUAUGCCAUUUUUGUUCGUUUUACAUUUCGGGCAAGGAAGAAUCUGACUUCUUCGUUAAAUUUUACAACUCUGCCCGUUUUGAUGUAGCCCCAUCACUUCUACCUUUGCACAACCCCCUCCCCUCCCGCUUCCAGAGAUAAUGAGAGAUUGUCCUUGCUAUAUUCUGUACCUCUAUAUAGGGAGAAUAUUGAUCCUAACAACCCGAUUUUUAUUUCCUUAUACAGAGGAGCUGUCAAAAGAUGAUGCUUUUCGAGAUGAAACAUCGACUGACGAGAUAUCAAAGAGAGCUGUCCAGAGUGCAAAAACUACAUUCAAUAGAUUGAAAUCAACAUUUGUCGGGCUGGCGGAAAAGAAGGGUGCGCGCGGGAGACCUCGUUUCCGCGGACGUCCCUCUUCAAGUAAGAAAUGCGGUGGGAUGGGCCAAACACGAAUCAUUGUUUGUAACAAUAUUUCCAACACAUCUCUGAAUUUCAAAAAAAAAUUCGAAUUACCAUUAUUGGAUAUUCAUCUGAGUAGAGUGAGAAAUCAAUCAAGCGUAUUUUUAAGAGCAUUAUUGAUAUACAGUGGAAGAUAAUUUUUUCUAUAUCACAUAUAUUUGCGAUUUAAAACCAUAAAACCUUGCGGUGUUUUUCAUGCACAAAAUUACUUUAUUUUAGUAUUAUGUACUAUAUUUAAAAUAUGAGCAGCAGUGUUUUAUCAGAUAUAAAGAUACGAGGUAGGGACGUCGCUAUGGGGGGGGGGAGGUAUAACCCCCCCCCCAAUAAUUCAAACGUUGGUCAAAGCUGGUCAAAAUGGAACUGAUAUUUGCCCAAAGUUGGUCAAAAUGGAACUGAUAUUUGCUUAAAAGUGAAUUUGGUCAAAGUUUGGGAUAAAAGAUGGUCGAAGUUGCUCAAAAAUAUGAAAUGGUUCGCAAUUGUAACAGUUUUAAAGUUUUUCUUAUGUUUGCAGUAAAAAAUUGGAAGUCUUGCAUAUAUUGGUCGAAAAAUUUUGAGUAUGCUUAUGUAGGUCCGGAAAUUUUUUUUUGACCUUUCCCCCCCCCGUCCCAUCCCCCACCCCCCGUCGCAACAUUUUGGGGAAAAUUUGUACGACUUGGUCAAAAUCCUAGGAAAUGUUGGUCAAAACAUGACGACACCCCUCCCCCAUGUUGAUGGCUUCGCGACGUCCCUGAUACGAGGCGAAACGUUUGACCGGGAGCUUUAGAAAGUUUGAGAAUUUAGAGUUUUUUUUCUGUCAAUCGACAUAUGAUCAUAAACAAACAAUUGCCGAGGUUAUCAUUCAGGUUUUUUUUCAAGUGGACGAGGGCUUUGCGGCUAAUACAUUCGUUAUUUCACAAUUUCUUAAUAUAACAUAUACCCAUGCACUAAUUGAUGCACUCGACAAUUCAUAAAGGCUAUUAAUCAUAUCAAAUAUUGGUUAAGUUUUUUCUUUCAAAAUCAAAAACGGGCGGAACUUCCCAAAGUGGGACGACACUUUAAAGUGGUGCUAGGUUACGAAAGGGUGUUGAAGAAAAUGUCUUGGCCCAAGGCCUGCAUUGUUUUUUAAUGGCCGAACAAUUAAUUAUAUAAGAUUUAAGAGGGCUUUAACCAAUUUUCAUUCAUGACAUUUUUUUUAUUGUCCAUGUCACUCAUACCAAACCCUUCCCCCACUUCCCAUCGUUUUUCUAAUGGUCCAAUCCUUAGUGCAUGUGUUCCUGAGUUUCCUUACAUGUUACGAGAGCAAUUUUAACAUGCAUCAUGUCUUAUACAUGAAGCACGAUUGUUUUCCUUUUUAUAGCCUCGUACAAAAUAGACAUGGUGUUUGUCAUGGAUAGAUCUGGAAGCAUUGGGCGAAGAAAUUUCAACCUGGAGAAACAAUUUGUUGCAAAUUUGAUUGAAUAUUUUCCAAUUUUUCCCGCCCGAACUCGAGUGGCUAUCGUUACAUAUUCAACUCUUGUAAAACUGGAGUUCAAUUUUAAUAAAUAUAUCAAUAAAGAAUGUUUACGGAAAGGCAUUCAAGAUAUAAGGUAAGUAAGUGCGGUCAACCUUCCCUGUGGGAGGAAACCGGAGCACCGACAGUUUAAACCUACGACUUUCGCCAUAGCGUUGACAGACUCUAUUCACUUGAGCAUGUAGCGAACAUCGAACCAACGAUCUCAGAGGUGUAAGGCGCUUGCUGUGUCCCACAUGAUUUGGAUGUAAUUUUGAAAGACAAGUUAUUGAGUAUUUGGUAAAUAGUAAAAUGGAUGAUUCCAGCUACAGACUUAAUUUUGAUCAAGGAAAGAAGAUGAAAUCCAACACCGCAGCUAGAACGAGCGUCUUAGAAUGAGUAAAACUGCAACGAUUAGUUGCUAAAUAAUGUGGUAAAAUGAAGAAAAUAUACGGCCCUGUGAAGUUCGCAAAUUUUGUACAUAAAUAUUUUUAUUACAUGCGGUAAAAAUAACCACUUUCGGCUCAAAAGUGGUUAUUUUUCACGCGCGUAAUGCAAAUAUAUACAAAACUUGUAACAGGGCUAUAUUUUCCUCAUUUUACAACUAUUCGCAACCAAACUUUGCAAUUUUACUCAUUUUAAGAUGCUCUUUCCAGCUGUGGUAAUGGAUUUCGUUCUUCUUGACUAGAUAAAAAUUUCGUCUAUAGCUGCAUGGAAUCACCCAAUUUACCCCAGAAAUAUGCCGUUUUUAAACAUUAUAAUUAUAGGCAUGUCAGCCUCCCUCCCAACCCUUCCAGUAUUUAUAUAUGUCACUACUGUAUAUAACACUGGUGCACAACACUCUACUUUUCCUUUCCCCGUGUUUUUAUAAAGUUCCGCAAAGUUACUUUUAUUUCACUAGAUACACCGGCGGCAUGACAGCAACAGGCACUGCCCUACAAUAUGUUCGUAACAGUCUUAUCUUCAACGCGGCAGCCGGAGCGAGAAGUGGUGCCAAAAAAGUGGUUUUUGUUCUAACAGAUAGCAAAUCCAACCGCGGGGUCACUCCCGGGAUCCCGGCAGGUCAGUUGAAAAGUGCUGGGGUGAUUAUAUUUGCUUUGGGAAUUACGUACAACAUCCGACAGAGCGAACUGUUGGCAAUUGCGACAUCACCAAACCACGUGUUUCACGUUGCAAAUUAUGCAGUUUUGAAUCAAGUCACUCAAGCCAUUAGAGGAGGUGAGUUACAGAGAGUUACAAAUACAGAAAACCCUACAUAUAAUAACCGAGAAUUUAAGAGUCUGUUAGGCUAAACAUUUUAUCUAGACCCCGCUUAAAUAAGAACCUGUUUAGGUUAGAAUUUGAAAGCAAGUUCUUGAUUUAUCAAAUAGAGUCAAAACUAAAAAGUUUAUAAAUCAAAGAAAAUAAGCUUUUCACAAAGUAAUGAAAAUGACCCAGAACCCUGCAAAUGACAAUCAGAUAAAUAACAUGUCUAUAUGAACGCACAACAACAAAUAAUUGUAUUUCUUCAGUGAAAAUACUACAUGACAAUCUCAACUACUAGUGACUGUAAGCAAUGUUUUCCAGCAUCAUGGACUGUUAGAAAAUUUGUGCAUAAUUUAUAUAAAUCAUAUACCACACCUACUGAAAAUGAGCAGAACAUUCUAUAAAUAUUCAAUAUAAAUACUGUAUAAUAUUACAGUCAAACAAUGACAACAAUCAACAGGGGCCCCACUCCAAAUAUGCCCAAGGGCCGCCUCUUCCUCCGUUACGCCACUGCCAAUACUAAUACUAAACAUUUCUAACACAGAUCUUUCCAAGAAGUGCUACAACGGUCAGACAGUUUACGAUGAAUGCGGAAGAAAAUGCAGAUGCCUAAACGGAAAACUGGUCAAGUGUUGUCGCCUUCGAAGAGAAUUUACAGACAUGUCCUACACUGAACGCGUUCGCUACAUCAACACUGUUAAGACAGCUUCGACCAAUCCAGCUUACAAGCCUCAAUAUGACACCCUUCUGACACUACACAAAACAAUCUUCUUCAGUGGUAUUCACGAUAUAGACUUUUUCCUACCGUGGCAUCGUUGGUACAUAUUACAAUACGAAAAUCUUCUACAACAAAUCGAUUGUCGCGUCACCGUUCCUUAUUGGGACUGGAGUUUGGUCGGAGCUAACCCUUUCUCGAGUUCGAUUUGGAACACAGGUGCGGGCGGCUUCGGUGGGAAUGGAGUGCCAGGGGGGAGCUGUGUGAACACUGGCCCAUUCAGACAGGGGGUGUGGUCACUUCCAGCUAGCGCCGGGGGAGGAUGCUUGAGGUGAGACUUUGCAGGUACAGCCCCAGACGCAAUUGCAGUACAGAAUCUGAUAUCGUCAAAUUCCAACCCGGCAGACUUCUUCAAUUUCGAACAAAUGUUGCGAAUCCAAUUCCACGAUCUUGUUCAUUGCCGUAUCGAUGGCAAAAUGUGCACUAUAGAUUCCGCAACUGCUCCCGAGUUUUUCUUGCAUCAUGGUUUCGUUGAUAAGAUCUGGUGGGACUGGCAGAAGCAAAGCAACGCGCACAAGUUCAAUACAUAUUUCCUCACGCAAGCUGGGUUAAUGACAUCCACACCGUAUCGAUCCAAAGAUUUUCUUGAUUUGAAUAAUCAACCUGGUUGCGUGUGCGCCGAGUAUGUGAACCCACGUAAUGUUGCCUACGGACGAAUUAAAGGUUUGUCACUAGUUACUGCCAAAAAAGGAUAUGUAAGACUUUUAAGCAAGACUAGAAAGUAACGCGAAUUUUUAAGUCGGUUUUGAGUAAAAACUCAACAUCAUCAAAGAUAAUCAUGAUACUAGCUUAUUAAAUGUCUUAUAUAUACUUUCUUGCAAACAUUCUAACGGAUAGCUUAUUUUUGUUAAAACUUAUAAGUGAACUUGAUACUUUGCAUUUUUUGUCAAUUAAUUUAACGUGGUACUAAUUUGCAAAAUUUUAAAAUUCUAAAAUUUUCUCCUAUAAGGCCGAAAUCAGAGUUGCCAACAUAUGUAGCCUUGUUCAUUGAUGUCCAUAUUCUAAGAAACAGAAAAUGCCAUCAUACAAAUUCUAUUGCACAUUUUCAAGUUUUGGCCGGCCGUCGACAAAGGAGAACUUCUUCCCUUAGUCGGAAACUGUUAUAAUUAUAGCAGCUCGACGAAGGGCCUUCGCUCGAAACGUCGAAGUUCUCCUUGUAUUUUUUCAGUUGUAUCCGCUACCAAUCCGCAGCUUUCAGAAAACAAAAUUGCUUAGAAUACAAAUUUUUAAGAUUUAUACCCUCACAAAGCACGCUAAACUUUUGCAUUCUUAGCCUGCGUUCACUUUUAACCUCUACGUUUGCCUGUUAAUGAUUACCUGAAAAUCAAUUUGAAUUAUCUAGCAAUUCAUCUGAAAUUACUCAUAAACAAAUAUUGCGAGGGGGUGGGUUGUUACACCUUCUACGCCCCUCUCCCCGGUCGCCACGUUCCUGAUCAUCUGCAACAACCCAAUAAAUUGUCUCUCUCUGCCUCUCUUUACAUUAAAUUCUACUUCAUUUCGCCUUGUCAGUUAGUCAACUAAAGAGUGUCGCACGAUUGCCACUACCACCGCUGUCAAACAAGGCUGCCAAGUUGUUCCGUACUUCCUCCGUAGAAAUCAAGCUAGUUACCAGACUUCGUGUCAAGAUCAAACCCAGACGAACUGUGUCCAAGAGCGCCUUGCAUGGCUCUGACGCGAAACUUGGCAUAAAGUUGAGCGAAAUUGGACAAGGUGACUAA